GGCAAUGGGAGGGCACGCCUACCCGAAUCUCCUCCCUUUCCCCACGACCGGACCCUGCACAGGCGGCAUCGCCACCGGCACGGUCAGUUCGUCGUCAUGCCGCUACUCCGUCCACUGCCGCCGCACCAGUAAGGUCGUCGUCGGGAGGAGAAGCGCGGCGGCGAGUGUCUCCUGCUCCGCCGCAUCCGCGCAGGCGCCGCCGUCGCAGAGCACAAUCAAGGUGGUCAUCGUCGGCGCGACCAAGAAGAUGGGGAGGGCGGCGGUCACGGCGGUGAGCAGGGCGAGGGGGAUGGUGCUCGCGGGCGCCACUGACACCCAGUGCAUCGGGAUGGACGCAGGACAGAUAAGUGGCAUGGAAGAAGCUCUCGAGAUCCCCGUGCUCAAUGAUCUCACCAUGCAUGGUCCUGGGCUCCAUAGCACAGGUAUUAACUUGAGUCUCCAUUCGUGGAAUGUUGAUUCAUCUCGUGCUUCCUUUUCGGGUGAGCGCUUCGCUGGUGUGGUUGUCGAUUUCAGUGAACCUUCAUCCGUCUACGACAAUGAAGCAGGUAACGUACUAUGAGCUCCAUGGGCAUGGGCAUGCAUCCAGAAGCGCAAGUACAAGUUCAAGUAGGAGUAGCAAAUCAAGACUAGUACCUCGAGGAAGUACAAUUUCAGAAAUCACAACAAUUGAUAGUAAUAUAGAUAUAACGAGAAAGCUACUUUCCAGUCGGAUGGAUUUUUGCAACAGAUCCAAAGACGUGAAGCUAGUAAUCGAAGUCCAGACUAAACUGUUGAGGAUUGCUUCACUGGCCAGCUGGACUAACACAACUGUUGGUGCAAAUUUACGUUUUUUCUUUGUAGAUCUUUAAGGUAUUAAUAAGGUGAGUCACUUGGCCUGUCGAAUGUAACCAAGAUUUAAUUUGCGUGCGUUUCUUUCAUGAUUUUAGUACAUGUUUAUAUGAGCAGUGAAA